GUCAAAUGGAUUAGGUUAUUAUCUGUUUAUUUUUAUUGCGAUUUUUACCAUUGAAUAUGGUUGUGAUCAUCUACGAUAAAUAGCGUUGUGAUAAAUAAUGUUAUCAGGUGAUAACAUUACUAAUAAUUUUAAUGUAUAUGUGUCCUGUUGUUUAUUAACUUUUAUUUUUGUAUUAUUUCAAUUAUGUACGGAUCCGCGUCACCCGUAAAGGGUCUUCACAAUCAAAAUGGGAAUUUUCAAAGAACCGGUUCAAUAAGAAAAGUGAUACCGUCCGAUACUAGCAAAGAAAUCAUUAGUGAGAAGCAAAAUGAAACUGUUGAUAAAUUGUAUAAAACUUAUAGACAAGAAUAUGUUAUUUUAGCUGAAUAUGAAAUGGUGCAAUUAGAGAAUAUAACUGGUGUGUAUGUAAUUCCGUCCAAGGAAAGUUCUGUUGUGUGGUUUGGUGUAAUAUUCGUUAGAAGUGGAUUUUAUGAAGAUGGGGUAUUUCGUUUUACUAUUUUAUUGAAUGAAGAAUUUCCAGAUGCUGGACAUCCUAAAGUAAUAUUUCACUCACACAUAUUUCAUCCUGUGAUAGAAGCACAAAGCAGAGAAUUAUACCUUCUAAAAGCCUUCCCAAAGUGGAACAAAGCUGAACAACACUUAUGGCAAGUGCUGAAGUAUAUCCAGUGGAUAUUUUACAAUGUGGAAUGCAGUAUCGAACAUACUAUUAAUGAAGAGGCUGCAGAAAUGUUCAAAAAUGAUCUUGCCCAGUUUAAAUCAAAGUGCCUGGAAUCCGUCAAAUCUGCCAGUGAACACCUAUACGAUCUCCCACCAACGGAAGACCCUCACUAUAUAACAUUUGAACCGUAUGAUCCGGAGGUGCAUGACAAAGUACGAGAAAGUAUGUUGACUGUAAAGGAAAGCAAGCCGAGCAAAAGGGGUCUGUCUUGGGUGCUGCCAGGCAGUUACAAACCCUUGACAAGGCCUGCUACUCCACCCUCGGAGAGCGAGUUAUGAUACAGGGGGUAAUUGGAAUUUAGGGUUAUGGUGUGAAUAGGUAGAAAUGUUUAUAGCGGCAGUACACUUCAAUAACACAAUACAUAUACCAUACAAAGAUAUUGCAAAAAAUGAAGUAUGUGGGAUGAUGGAGCGGUAGACAGCUUGCGCUAAACUGAACGACGCGAGAAUGUACAAUGAGACCCUUUGGCUCAGGCUCAAAAACACCUCUGUCGGUUUUUGUGACAUUUUAUAAGUUUUCUGUAACAUAACGUAGGUUUUUCUGCAAGAUAUCAACUUAGCACUAGCUUUUGUACAGUUGUUGUGCACUCGUUUUGUAGCUGUACGUGUUGCCUAAACGUAAUGAUGCUUCAGCUAUCAAUGUUUGGCUCAGAUGUGAUAUAACAUCUGCUUCAGAGAUGGCAUUAUUUGACGUCUAACAUGCAAGUUGUCUACUAUAGCUGGAAGGACACGGCAGUGCAUAGUUGUAGAGUGAGAAUUUUUGUGCUAAUAAUCUGCGUUGAGGAUCAAAUACACUUGAGAUUUAUUCAUAGCUGGAAAUUAGUUGCGCAUCCACUUGUUCUUAUUCAUUCUGAGUUCCGUAAUAUGCAAAUUUGCUGAAUUUCAAAAAUGAGAGAGAUAAAAGAAAAUCCCUGAUUGGUUAAGUAAUUAACUUUAUGUGGAAUUUUAUAUUUUAUACUUACUGCCACGUAAUUACACACAAUUUCCCGUAAUUCUCGUCAAGUUUUUUAAACAAAAAAAAACGGGUAAAAUCGUAAUUUAUAACUUUGAACGUAACCUGUCUUCAGAAAGGACAUAAAUAACCUGUCGGGCAUAGCUAAUAGAAAUCCUCCAUUGGCAGCAUAUUCAACUUAUUUUCUCACAUAGCAAGACUUUAUACGUACAGCAGACGCUCGAUAAUGUAAACUAAUUUAAUCCAAGUGUGGUUCACAUUAUCGAAAUGUUUACGUUAGCGAACGUGAUUUAUAUAAUAUUUGAUUUAUUAAAAGAAACGUUUAAUACAUACUAUUUAUAACAAUAUAAACAAAUAUUCUAACAGCGAUUAGUAUUUUUUUAAUUAGAAGAAAAAUAGUUAACAAUUUUUGUCUGCGUAAAUUUGCGCUUAGCAUUGUCUUCCAAUGCCUGCGCCCGUAAUUUACGAAGAACUAAAAUAUCCGUGUAUGAAACUUCUUUUCUUUUAGCCCAAUCUAAAGCUUGGUUAAAAACUUGUAUAGCUUGCGCGUCAUUCACUACACUUCUGACUUCAAUGGGAUUGUUCUCAUCAUCCUCACUGUCCAUAUCCUCCUCCUUAUCAGCAUCAUUCGUCCGCUUAUCUUCGUUCCAUAAAUUAAUAUCAGCAGGAGUACAAACAAUGUUGGAAUUCACCGUUUUCAAUAAAUCAACAACAUCCAAUGACACACUAAUAACAUUAUCAUUAUUGGAUCGCAAACGUUCUCUAAUUACGCUUAAGGGGACAUCUUCUUCAUCAUCUUCAUUAUUGGUACAAAAUAGAUUGUUCCAACAUUUGUGAAUAGUUUGCUGGUUAAGUUCAUUUCAGGCCAUAUGUAAAUCUAAAACAGCUUCUCGUAAUGUUACUUUUUUUAAAGCCUCAGAUAAGUUUUCUGGAUUCUUUGAUAAGACAGACGAAAGUAGAAACUUCCUAUAAUUUAGUUUGGUGAGUCUUAUUAUAUUCUGGUCCAUCAGUUGAAUUAAUGGUGUUACGUUGGGCGGGGCAUGUACAAGACGAAAAUUGACCCAUCCCUGCUCCUCAGUUGUUGCUCGGGAGGAUGACUUGGUGCAUUAUCCAAUAGUAACAACGCUUUUAUUGGAAGCUUCUGUUGUUUUAGGAAACCUUUUACUUACAAAUUGAAAACACAUCUUCAAAUUAUGAAUAGAGCAUUUGUGAUAAUUGAUUGUCAUACCUGAGGGACAAAGCACCUGUGGAAUCAUUUCAGGAAUAUACUGCUAGUCAUCCAAGCGGUUUUUGAACAGUCAUAAUCAACAGGGAUAUUAACAUUUUUAAAUGAGCGCGGAUUUUUUGCUUUCCCAAUUACCAGUGGCUUUAUUUUGUGUGAACCAUCAGCAUUAGUGCCGGCUAGAAACGUUAUUCGUUGUUUCUCCGGCUUUCUUCCCGGGGCAGAUUUUUCAAAUGAUGCAGCAUAGGUUUUCUCUGGUAACAUUUUCCAAUAAAGGCCACUUUCAUCUGCGUUGUAAAUUUGUUCCAUUCUUAAAUCUAGCUCGGUAAUUGUUUUCAUCAAUUUUUCUUUGAAUGGUUGCACUAAUUGUGGUUGUGCUGAUAAUUUUUCACCAGAUAUAGACAGCAGUCGAAUUCCAUAUCUUGUUUUGAAUCAUUGUAGCCAGCCAUCACUAGCUACGAAAUUUUCAGUUUCUUUCAGUUUUUCAUUUAACAGUAUCGCUCUCCGUUUAAGUACUUUGCCACUAACUGGGACAUGAUUUUCCCGUUGUUUUAAAAACCACUUAUACAGGGAAUUUUUCAUUUUAGGUGCCUUCGCAUUUUUUAAAGUUUUUCUUUUUCCCGGACCUCCAAAUGUAUUGCACGUUCUUUGUAAAAUUUGAGUUUUCAUACGCUUAAUUUUACAGAUUGUUGCUUUCGAUACUCCAUAUUUUUUUGCUAACUGUGUCACUCCCGCACCUAGUGCAACUUCGUCUAUGAUUUUCACUUUCUCACUCAACUUUAAACACUUUCUUUUAUAGGAUGUGGAUGCCAUAGUCGUAAAAUAUAAUAACGCGUGCAAUGUAUUCACUUAAGUUCAAAAAUGAAAUACAUACGUACGUAUAAACGUAUCCUAAACGAUCAUACGACUGACCGAGUUUGUCGUAUUUUAUCGCAGAGGUGAAUCCCCUACACUCUACAUCAUAAAUCGGGGACUCCCCGACGCCCGACAUAAAUCAUCGAGGCUUCAGCAUUUUACCGUCGCGCUGUUUCCGUGCGCCGAGAGUUGUUUACGUUAUCGCGCGUUCCGUUUGAUCCUAUAGAACGAAGUUUGUGUUUACAUUAGCGCAAGUUUUCAUUAUCCCGUGUUUACGUUAUCGAGCGUCUGCUGUAUGUAGACCAAUACGCUUAAUCAUCCAAAUGCGAUCUUGCUACUCGACCAACUUUCUUUCACAUCUCGGAGAUAAACACUACAGACUACUUGACUUUCUGCAACCAACAAUGCAUGAUUGAGCGUGUCGUGUCGUUAAGUCAUUCCUCCAUAGAUGGACGCUUGUAAAGAUGCUCAAGGCGAUCAUAGCGAGCAAACGUGGAUUGAACUAUUUGCACACUAUGAACUAUCUAGUCUGCAAGAUGACAUUUUAACGUUUUUGGGCAUUGUUUACAUAAUACCCCUGCGGAACGGAGAGUAGUCGAGUAUGCAGCUUGUAUACUCAUCGUGUCUCUUUUGAGUGUAGAGACGUGAUUAGCUGUCGUUGUUGCCUAGACGUUAUUCGUAGCAGAUGUGCUAAAAUUUUAUCUUACUGCGCAUGAUAGUCUGAUCAUAUUAGCAAGUUUCCCCGAAAUAAUUGUGAAGUCUGGUUUUAUUGGCGCAAGUUGUUCAAGGGUUUAUUUAAAACAUGGACGCAUAAAAUGAGUACAUCGAUUUUUGUGGGAAAACUUAUUAUCCGACAACAAAGAAUGAGAAAACGCGAUUUUUGGGAUUCAAACGAAAGUGUUGGCAGGAACAAAAAAAUCUUUAUAUAAGAUUUUUAGGUAUUUAUCAGACCUACAAAAUGAGACCACAUGUAAAAAGAUCCGGCUAAUAGCAAAAAUGUUAUGGUCGAAAAACGAAGCAAAAUGCAGAUUUCGGCACUUGUCGGUAAUGCGAUGAUAAUUUCAAGCAGCUACUUGAAAUUCUUCAAAUCCGAAAGCUUCGUACUUCUAAAUAACCACAAAAAAAUUGGAGUCGAUAGGUCAAGUAGUUUUUUGAGAAUUUCUAAUUGUCUAUCCCAAAACACCUGUUUUCCGGCCAUCACUACUAGUUUAUUGAUCAAUAUAAAGAGCAUUUAAUAGCAAAAUACACGUGUUUACCUUGCCGAUAUGAAUCACAAACAAUUCCGAAAGAUAAAUGUUAUUUUUAUGCGAGAAACAAAGGUUACGUUUUUUCUUCUGAACAAAAACAUUUCCUAUUUGUGAGUAAUUGAACAAAUGCGCUACGAUAUCCGAAAAACAUAAAUUACUAUAUACAUUUUAAAACAAAGCGGAUGUGUCAAAUCUAGAGAUACCCAAUCAGAAACUGUAACAGCAGCUUUUAAGUGUCCACAGCCUUGGUAUCUCCAAAAAAAUUCUGUUUCUGAGACCUCAUCAAAAAAAUUUCGGUUCAGUUCUUCAGUAUUUUGCAAAAGCAAAGUUUUUUUUUGUAUGAUUUCAAACAACGAAGCUAGGUCUUGAAGAGACUUCGAUCUUGUCUGAAAAUUUGAGUCAUCGGGUGGGUGUCACCCCAAAAAAGGUGACACCCGGUGCGGACCGCCCCCCUUUGCUACGCCACUGUGAAGGUGGAUCAAAUUUCAAUGUUUCGUGCCUUUUCACACCAUAACCAGGUUUCCAGAUAGGCGGUUAUUAUAAAAACGUUAUUUCUAUUUGUAUAUUUUGCAGAUGACAAGUUGCUAAUUAUUUAGUUAUAAUUGCAAGUUAAGUUUUGGAAAUACUUUUAUUUUUAGACAUUGACACUUGAAAAAGACAAUAUUGUAAUAAGGAUUGUUGAACAAUAUUUGCAUAAUUUUAUAUUUUAAGAGAUAAGCAAUGAAAAGGGAAAUCUGUUCACAUUUGCACAAAUUUUUCCUCGGUACGCAUAUUUAAAAAUAUAUUAGGUGUAAAAAUAGUUAUGUGUAGAGCCUGUAUCUUGUGCUAUAACAUUUGUAUAGUACAUGCACGCAUACCCAGUAUUUACUAUUGUUCCUUCAGGUUACUAUUAACAGUAUGUAAAAAUGGAUAGCUAAACAUUUUUUAGAAAUCAAUUUUUUGCUCCAAUGUUUCAUUGAUCAAAGUUAUCUAUAAUUUAAAAAUGUAGCUAUAAGGCAUCAAAGUGCAAUGUAUAAGAGUAACUAAUUGCAACAAAAGCAUAAUGCAUGACAGAUACUUAAUUAUAAUUUAUAAUCUUUAUACACAAAAGCAAUAUGUUGAGUGAAUCAACCAGGACAAAAAACACAUGUUUAUAACAG